AUGAUGAUGGACCUUUUUGAAACUGGUUCCUAUUUCUUCUACUUAGAUGGAGAAAAUGUGACUCUUCAGCCAUUAGAAGUGGCAGAGGGCUCUCCUUUGUAUCCAGGGAGUGAUGGUACCCUAUCCCCUUGCCAGGACCAAAUGCCCCAGGAAGCCGGGAGCGACAGCAGUGGAGAGGAACACGUUCUGGCUCCCCCAGGCCUGCAGCCUCCUCACUGCCCGGGCCAGUGUCUGAUCUGGGCUUGCAAGACUUGCAAGAGAAAAUCUGCCCCCACAGAUCGUCGGAAAGCAGCUACCCUACGCGAAAGGAGGAGGCUAAAGAAAAUCAACGAAGCCUUUGAGGCACUGAAACGUCGGACUGUGGCCAACCCCAACCAGAGGCUGCCUAAGGUAGAGAUUCUGAGGAGCGCAAUUAGCUACAUUGAGCGUCUGCAGGACCUGUUGCACCGACUGGAUCAGCAAGAGAAAAUGCAGGAGCUGGGCGUGGACCCCUACAGCUACAAACCCAAGCAAGAAAUUCUUGAGGGUGCGGAUUUCCUGCGCACCUGCAGCCCCCAGUGGCCAAGUGUUUCGGAUCAUUCCAGGGGGCUGGAGAUAACUGCUAAGGAAGGAGGAGCAAGCGUGGACGCGUCAGCCUCUAGCAGUCUUCAGCGCCUUUCUUCCAUCGUGGACAGUAUUUCCUCAGAGGAACGCAAACUCCCCAGCGUGGAGGAGGUGGUGGAGAAGUAA